CAAACCUACCUACCUGCCUACACAACAACCACCACCACCUCUACAAACUCAAUCAAGCGAUUCAAAAUGUCCACCUCCCUAGACGAGAUUUUCGGCUCCUCUCCGCCGCAUCAACCCGCCCCCCACCCUCAACCCCACCACGAACCCUCCGACCUCCCCUCCCUCCGUCGCCAACACGUCACCGCCGGCUACCGCGACGGCCUCGCCGCCUCCAAAUCCACCCAAGUCCAAGCCGGCUUCGACGCGGGCUUUCCGGUGGGCGCGCAGCUCGGCAUGCGCGUGGGCACGGUGCUGGGGGUCCUGGAGGGUGCGAUCCGCGGGCUGGAGGGGAACCACAAUACCAGUCGGAAGAAGACUGCGGCUGCUACUGCUGCGGCGGCGGUGAGCAAAGGCGGGGCUACUUCCGCGAGAACCGGGACUUCGUCCUCCAAGGACCGCGCCAGAACUGCUAUCGGGUUCGAAGAGGGUGCGGGAGAGUCUGGCGCUGCUGCUACCGAGAAUCCUUCCAACAAGGAAGCAAGAACAACAACAACAACAACAACAACAACACCAUUGCAGGCCAAACGCGCGGAGCUACUGCGUCUGUAUCAGCAGGCAGUGCGGGAGUUGGAUGUGCGCAAGGUGUUUGAGGGGGUGGUCGCUACGGAUGAGGGGGAUGCGACUGCCGGUGGGGAGGGGGAGAGGGAAAUGCCGGAGACGAAAUUGGCGAGGAAGGCUGAGGAGGUGGUGGCGGCUUGGGAGCGGAGGGUGCAGGUGGCGCUCUGGGAGGAGAACAUGGAUGCGUUGGAGGUCAAGGAACAGGAAGGGGAGGCGGAGUCGAGCUGAGGGGGGGGUAAGUGGAUGGAGGUGGCAACUCCUACUCCCCCUUGGGGAGGUUUUUCUUAUCGGCGCUGUGGACAUGGCAUGUUGGCUUCGAGGAUUGCUUCCUGCUCGCUGUUGGAGG